CUACGGGCACUUCAAAAAAAUUAAAGUAUAAUUGCCGUUUUCUUAUUUAUACAUUGGGAUUAUUGAAUCCGGUAAUGAUAGUUGAUUCCCCGGCUGCCUUAAAGCGAAGGAGGUUCAGUAUUGUCGAUCCCAUGGAAGCUGAUUCUGCUAAGGCGAAGCUUGCAGCUGCAAAGGAAAAACUUGGCCGCGAAAUCCGCAUCUUUCAAACAAUAACCGAAUCUGCAGCUUCAAGUGGUAUCGCUCAAGAUGGGCAACCUAUUGAAGAAUCAGAGGACUACUAUGAGUUUACAGCUGAUGAUUAUUUUCGUCUAGUGGCAACAAAGAAGAAAGACACAUACUUGAAGACUCGUAAAUUAAGAGAAGCAGAAGAAGCUGCACGCAGAUCAAAAUUAACCAAGGCUGUAAUCAGAGUGCGGUUUCCUGAUAAUGUCACGCUGGAGGCAUCAUUUCAUUCAUCAGAGACGAUCCAGGACUUGGUUGACCUUCUUGUGAAAGCGAUUCUUAGACCAGAUUUGCCUUUCUAUUUAUAUACCACUCCUCCCAAGAAGCAGAUAAAAGACAUGUCCCAGGAUUUUUACUCUGCCGGUUUUGUUCCUGGCGCAAUUGUGUAUUUCUCAUAUAACGUACCAAAUGGUGGUGAUGAGGGUGCCCCUGGGCAGCACUACCUUCAAGAAGAGAUACUGUCUUUGCAAAAUUUGGAAUCUUCUGCAAUAACAAAGCAGGAGGAUGAAGUGGUUCCCGAGCCGCAGCCUUCAGUAGCCAUCAGCGACCCCACUCCUUCCCAAGAGAAAAAACCUGCUGAUAAAAAGAACAUAAAGCCAAAGUGGUUAAAGAUGUAAUAUGGAUUUCAGCUAUGAACAGCAGCGGCAUAUAUUUGCCAGUUUAAAAGCAUCCAUCUCUCUCCGUGUAACUUAUGUCGGUGAAAAAGAGCAGCAGAUCAUUUCCAUUAGUGUGCUGGAUAGAUGGAUUCUAAUGCCCCCCCCCCCCCCCCAAAAAAAAAAUAGAAGAAAGUUUUCGGUGUGAACAUAUUUGUGUUAUCAUGUUUUUCUCUAGUCUAUCUUUCAUUUCAUGGUGGUAUCUAACUUGCAUUGGAAUGUGCUUCUGUUAUUUCCUUUUGGUUAGUCUAUGUUUGGUUGCCUGCAUUGGUUCACCAAGAGUCGAGUCCUUCGAAGAGGACACCUCCCAUUAUAAAAUGGUGAGGUGACGUGUGACACGGAGUGCUGGCUUUUUCGAUUUCUCGCAACUACGCUGGGCGCAACAGUGUGCUGCUAUGUGGCAGCCUAUUUAAGUGCUAAAAAAGGGCGCACGGAGGGAGCAGUAGGUUAUUGAUCAUCAACAAAGUCAAGUACCUAAAUACAUGCCCUACAAGUUCUUCAUAAAUAUCAAACAGAUGAUUUGCAUCUCUAAAUCUCUAAUAUACAUAUCUACCCAAAUCAAAGUAGGAAAUUGCAUAGCAGUAGGAGUAGUACUAAUGAGUAAUGACUAUGGUGCACUAAAGCAAUAUACGUAGUACAUGGUAUUGCUAUCGUAUUACUGUUGGAGUAUACGUAUUAUUUAUCACUUUGCAGACUUAUACCACCGCAGCUUAUUAACAAGAGCAUACUGGUAUUGUUAUUUUAUAAUCCCAUCAUCAUAAUCAUCAAUCAUCAUCAUGUAAAAAUGUUACGGAGUACUCCCUCCGCCCCCUAUAAUUGUCCUUUUUUUCAUUUUUGUAU